AAAAGGUUAUUAAUGGUGCAUGGCAAGAAUCCAUUCCCAUAGAUCCCUCAGCCCUGAAAGAUCCCGCCCAUCUGAACUCAUUCAUGAGCACUUCUCAACCCAGUCUAAAACACUGAAAAGAAUAAGACAUGCAUCAGGAAGAGGCUCAAAUUCCUUCCUAAAGAGGCUGCAACAUGGGCCUGCUGAGGUCACCAAGUGGAGGCCUGGUUCAGUCUAUGUUCCCCCUCACUCAAAAUGUAGCAUGAGGCAAGAGUUUAUCUCUUUAGACUGUAAUAAAGCAAUACACUAUACUACACAAAGACCCUUGUCUUCUUCACGCAGAUCUACCACUUACAAUGGCUUGAAAAAAGGUUAUCAAAAGUCUUCAUUUCCAGUAAAAUCUGCAAAAUCAGAAGUAACCACUGAAUCCAUGAACAUUCAGAUACCAGUAACUAAGACGACUGCAAAAACAUCAGCACAAACUAAGGGUGUGAUUCGUGUGUCUGGAAUCCCUCUUGAUUACUCUGAGAGUGAACUCAUCAAAAUGGCAUCUCCCUUUGGUCACCCUGUUGAGGUUUUAAUGGCAACUGAUGUUGACACGACAACCUGUCUACAGUGGAAGAAGGCUUUACUGAUGUUUCCAACUGAAUUCUCAGCCCAGGAGAUGGUGAAGGUUUACUCUGCUAUCCCAGUUCACAUGAGGCAGCAAAGUUUAGAGUUGGUGUCUCGAACUGUUGAUUUUAAUUCACCUGUGUCAGUGUUUCAUGCCUUUGUGGGACCAUCAUUGUCAAAUGGGCUGCUAACACCUUUGGACCAUUUGCUGGUUGUAUGUAAUGUUCCCAAUCAGCCCUGUGCUGUUACAGGAGUGCUACGGCUACUAAAGCCUUUUGGACAAGUUUUCAGAACUCUGGUACUUCAUGGAAACAAGGUGGAUGUAGAUCAGUGCCUUGGGAACAAUAGCAGCAUCCAGAUGGUUUUAGAGAUGGAAUCCUCUUCUGUUGCUUUAUCUGUGUAUGAGUGGUCUCAAAAAAUUCCUUGUCUUUAUCACAACCAUCAUCUCUCUUUCCUCAGAGGAUGUAAUAUACAGAAAAAUACAUCUUCGGUCUAAUAUCCUCACAGUUUUGUCCCCUUAAAUAUUGUAUAUUUUAUUAUCUUUGUUAUAAAAUACAAUGAAACAAGGUCAUAAGAAGUAUUAUUGUUUGUCUUUCUCCUUUUAUGAAGUUGUAUAUUUAUCAAGCAGUAGAAGUAGCAUUAAAAAUAGUAAUCCUAACUACAGUCACUACAAUACCCAUAGUCAUGGAAAUCCUGGAAAUAUCAGUCAUGAAAAAUUUUAAAAUGUCAAGAAAUAUUUAAUCCAGUAAUCACAAUCAGCUGGAAAGGUCAUGGAAUGCAUAAGUCAGAAAUAGUAAGAACCUGUAAAUUAUAUUAAAUGAUUAAUUUACAUA